GUUUUGUUAAAAAUGUACAAUUUAUGUAUUUUUUUGUUUUAUCCUUUUGUACUCCUCUUCAAUGUAAGGAAGAUAUUUAUUUGUUAUUGUUGUUACUUAUUAUUAUGUACAAUAUUGAAUAAGAACAAAGAGAAAAAUUUCUAGAACCAGGUAAAUUGCUUUUCUAAUUACAAGAAUGUUUAUUUUAUCAAGUUACCAUCAAUCACAUAGGCUUGUUCUUAAAUAAUUACAAACAAAUGCAUCAAGAAUAAUUUUUCUCAAGGAUUGAAAAAUUACCUGGACUUACGUCAUUUUUGAAUAAUGGUUCUAAUAAGUGCCCGUUAUAAAAAGCCGUUUAAUUUUUUUCAGUAAUUUACACAACUUUUUUUAAAAUAAAAAAUCUAGUGUUCCGUGAAUGCAUCUGAUAAAAAUAGGUAAAUUUAAUAAUCAAUUUUUUACAACAUGAAAGUGAUAUUCACUUUCAUCGCGGAUGAAAACAGUAUUUAUUUCAUAAUUUAUCAUUUAAUUCAACUAGUAUACUAUAAUUAAAUUGUUAAAUGUUUUAUGCUUAAUUGAGCACGAAGUACAAUACCACAAUAAAGUCAUGUUAAAAUCCUGUUUUGAAUUCAAGUAUUCACAUAAAUUAAAAAAGAACUUAAUGAAAAUCACAAUUUGUAAUUCAGCGCGUCUCUAAAGAAAUCCAAUAAUUAGGGAAAAGCACAUUAGCCAAAUUUCACCCAUUAGAGGCCCAUUAAGCCCAAAUUACGGCCCAACAUGUCCAAAAUUAUUCGCCAGUUUUCGUCACGAUGUCACCCAUUCAAGACUUCCACAGCGGCCAAAUAAUUUUCCUAACAGGUGCCACAGGUUUCCUCGGGAAACUCGUGCUGGAAAAACUGCUCCGGACUUGCUCGGAGUUGAAAAAAAUAUACGUCCUGUUGAGGCCAAAGAAAGGUCAAAGUCAGCAUGAACGACUCGAGGCGCUUUUGAACCAACCUUGUUUUGAGGAAAUGAAAGUUCUUACUCCCAAUUUUCGCCAAAAAAUUGCAAUUUUGCAUGGGGAUUGUGGCGCCCCUUUCUUGGGGCUGAGUCUCCAGGACCGGACUUUAUUGGAAGAAGUGACGUGUGUUAUACAUUCAGCAGCCGUGGUUAAGUUCAACGUUAAGUUAAAAAAUGCGAUUUUUACGAACGUGAGGGCAGUGCGAGAUUUAAUAAUUUUGGCCAGAAACAUGCCGAAAUUGAAAAGUUUUGUCUACGUUUCAACUGCUUUUUCGCAUUGUGUUCGACACGAAAUCGGGGAGGAGUUUUACGAUGUUGGGAUAAACCCUGAAGACGUUAUUUCAAUGGUUCAAGGGCUAGAUGAUGUUAUUUUGGAAACGCUAACUCCACAUAUUUUGGGUAAAUGGCCCAAUUGUUACGUCUACAGUAAAGCCCUGGCUGAGCAACUUUUCAAAAACGAGUCUCUUCCAUUUUCCAUAGUUCGCCCAGCGAUUGUUGGUUCUGCAUACCAAGAGCCAAUCCCUGGUUGGAUUGAUAAUUUUCAAGGAAUUGUGGGAAUUUCGGUUGGGGUCUCAAUGGGCGUUUUGAGGAGUCUACAGAUUGACCCCAAACUUAGAGCCAAUGUAGUUCCUGUUGACUUUGUAGUUAAUACAGUACUCGCUUCAGGGUGGUAUUGCCAAAAGUCAGAAAAAUUAAUUUAUAACUUCGCGGGAAGUGAUUUAAAUCCAAUUACUUGGGACGUCGUAGUAAACAAACUCUCGCAAUACGCCUUCAAGUACCCAAUGAGCAAUGCCAUUUGGUACCCAAAUUUUUCAGUAACCCCUAGCACAGCUGUCCACAAAAUUCGGGUGCUUUUUUCGCACACCCUGUAUGCGUAUUUCGUCGACGCGAUUUUAUACCUUUUGGGAAGAAAACGAAUUGCGGUCAAAAAAUACAAAAAAAUUGCGGAGCUGACUGAUUGUCUCUCAUAUUUCACGUUGGGUUCAUGGAAAUUUUCUGAUGAAAAUGUGAGAAAACUGUGGAUGGAAAUGACGGCCAACGAUCGUUGGAAUUUUAAUUUUGAUAUGGAAAAACUCGAGUGGGAAAAUUAUGGUGAAAAUUGUGUCGCCGGAGGCCGCAUUUACUUGAUGAAGGAUCCUCUGGAAACGGUGCCAAGAGCGAGAAAGCGGCUUUUUGCCCUGUUUGUGAUUCACUACGGAUUUAUAUUUUUAGUUUUGUAUUUGUUGUUCAAAUUUAUCACUUGGGUUAUUUGAAAAUGAAUGUAGAAGGUGUUCCAAGAUGCAAUAAAGGGGCUAUAC